CUCGAAGGAAGCGGAAGUUCGGAUUUCCGGCUGGCGCGUGAAGGUACGGAUUCCUGGCUUCCGGGUGGGCGUGUGGGGCCGUGGAGCUAGUGGCCGGCGGCGCAGCCGGAGGAUAGGGCCAUGGAGAAGCUACGGCGUGUCCUGAGCGGCCAGGACGACGAGGAGCAAGGCCUGACGGCGCAGGUCCUGGAUGCCUCGUCCCUGAGUUUCAACACCAGGUUGAAGUGGUUUGUCAUAUGCUUUGUUGCUGGCAUUUUCUUUUCAAUCCUUGGAACUGGGUUGCUAUGGCUUCCCAAUGGCAUGAAACUCUUUGCAGUAUUUUACACCCUUGGAAACCUUGCUGCAUUGGCCAGUACAUGCUUUUUAAUGGGACCCGUGAAGCAACUGAAGAAAAUGUUUGAGACAACAAGAUUGCUGGCAACAGUUAUUAUGCUUUUGUGCCUGGUGUUUACCCUGUGUGCUGCUCUGUGGUGGCGGAAGAAGGGGCUGGCCUUACUAUUCUGUAUAUUGCAGUUCUUGUCGAUGACCUGGUAUAGUCUGUCCUACAUCCCGUAUGCAAGGGACGCGGUGCUCAAGUGUUGUUCCUCGCUCUUCAGUUAAAGUCGCGUCUGCCCAGGAGUGCCUGGGAACAGUCCUGACGCUGUGCCUGCUCCAGUGGUCACUCCAGAACGGCAGCAGCCUCAGCCCGUGCCGUGGACUGCUGAACCUCACUGUGUUCACUCUGUUCCUGCCUGUUAACCUCUGCUUCCACAGACAAGGAGCUCAUAAUCAUUGCCACUUGUAAAUAAUUUGUACUCAGUUUUUAAUCUUUACAAACAGCUUUCAGAAUGUGAAUAUUUAAGGUAUAAACCUGUGUUGUAAGAUAUAUCCAGCUUAUUUGGCUUUUUAAAUGCUCUACAACUUUAAAGGAUUUUUUAACUUUAAAAAUGUGAAACUUUAUAUACUUUAAGCUUAAAACUACUUAUUACGUGUAAUAAAAAGUAAUAUAUGUAUCUUUACAGUUUUGAAAUAAACCACUUUUGGAAAUGUAA